UGUUAUAUAUUUCCUAACUGGUUGCGAUGGAUUUGUGGGUGACUUGAGGACUGUUAGGACUUCUUAUUUCCGAAUUCAGCAUGUUAGACCGGUCUUUUCGCGAUUUUAUACGCCCGUCUUUCCUCGAGCGCACAUUUUGGUGAUCACGGAUUACUGUUUUACGACGGCUAUGGUGAAUCCAGGACUAGCUACUAGUAUUUUUAUUUGUGCAGUAUUGGCAGAGUUGGUGAACAACGUUGAUGCAGUAGCUGACGUCACCCUUGUGAACGAGCGCCCCCUAGUGGACCCCUCAGGAGCGCAGACAUUCCUGAAAUGCGUCACCAACACCGUGGACUCCGUCAAGUUCACGGCUGAAGGGUCAUGGGUAAUCCCAGAUUCAGCGGUCACAAGUACCAUAGGUCCAGAGGCGUGGCCAGGUGGUAUGCUUACCUUCACACCUGACGGUGGAGCGGCAGGUGUGUUCACCUGUAGCGGGACAGACAGCAGUGGUCAGGAGGUGUCAGUCUCUACCGCCAAGACCUUAUCCUCGGCGGUGUUCCUCUCGACGCAGUUCACAGUGACAGCCAGCAUCGGAGAUUCGGUAAGAUUACACAUGACGCUGUCAGAGGCAGAGGUAGGGAGGUCACAGGUCAACAUCCGCUGGCAGCAUGACGGCAGCCUCAUCGUCAUCAAACUCAACAGGGGCAAUGUAGCUCAACGGAUUGAGAUUGCGGAGACAUUUGACAACGUGGUUGCAGAAGAUGCGGGCAUCUAUGAGUGUUUUACUUCCGAGACAACUCGGAGGGAGGGGAACCAGGGGAUCGUCCGUCUUAUCGUGAGAGGAUGUCCGAAGAACAAGUGGGGGCAGAAUUGUGAGGGGGACUGCCCAGCCUGCUACAACGGAGGUCAGUGUGACCACAACACCGGGGAGUGCACGUGCGCGCCUGGAUUCAUGGGAGAUAACUGUGAGAUAGGGUGUGGCGGGAACAGAUUUGGGCGCGAUUGUUCUUUCCAGUGUGACGCUGCCAGCGGUGAUGAUGGCGCAUGCGCAGGUCGUGUUUUCUGCGUUCCAGACCCUCAGGGCUGCUCAUGCGCAACAGGGUUCACCGGGAUCGACUGUACAGAAGCCUGUUCACCGGGAAGUUUUGGCGCAGGCUGCGCACAGCAGUGUCACUGUACCGACAAUGAACCCUGUGACCCUUACUCCGGAGCAUGCGCACAAGGCUGUGCCGAGGGUUGGGAGGGGCCAUCUUGUCAGCAAGUUUCUGUACCUGACGCCUGUUCGGACAAACCCUGUCUAAAUGGUGGCACCUGCCAGGUGAUGCAGGACAGCUUCAGCUGCACCUGUACAGGUGAAUUUACGGGUGACACCUGCCAGACAUCCGCCAGUACACCUGCUCCAGGUCUUUCUGAUGGAAGCGUGGAUCUGGAGACUGAAGAUGCUCCAGUAGACCCCAUGUGGACCCUCCUACCACCAACUCUGUGUGCACUAACCCUGGCGCUGUUCAUAGGGGGCGCUUUUUGCUGUUGCAAACAGAAGUGUUGUCCGUCCAACGACGUCCUUCCCAUCUUCGUCACAACGGAAGAGGUCGAGAAGCUGGGGCUCCCCCCAGCGGGUGCACCGAUGACUGCAGACAGGAGCGCGCACAAGAAGCCGGGAAGACCGAGACGAGAGAACACACUUCUGGUAUCACCCAAGAAACAUGUACAGAUGGAGAGAGAACUGGCGCCGAGCAAGAAACCGUACAAAGCCGUGAGAAAACCCAGAAGGAAAUAAUACGUCCUAUGUUUAUUAGCUUGACGACAAACAAUCUCGGUUUCAAAGAAUGUGUGCAUGUAGUGGCAUUGACAGGAUGGGGUUGUGGUAUGAAAGGACCGUUAUUUUGAACUUAUUCAUACAGUGGUUUGUACUUCCUUUUAAGAUUGUAAGAUAACGAAGAGAUUUUAUCAUGGCUGGUUUUAAUGUACAUAAUUGUAAAUGACGGCGCAAUUCAGCUACUGCUGCGAUGCCGUGCAUCUGUAAUAAAACUUGUCAACUUGUCAGUGGUUGGUCUCAUUGUAAAUUAGAUUUUAUCAGUGUUUACUGUCGCUUGGAACUUUCGCAAUGGAACACCAUUUUGACAAACACGGGAAAAUGACGUGAAGCAAUGUUAGAGAUGGUUCACUAGCUUUGUAAGUCUUGUAUAUGUCCAACAGCAUUGUACGCAGGCGUACAAGGCCUUUAUAUAGAUGUCAUUUAAUAUAGAUAGAUAAAAUAAAGCAGAUGUACCAUUGUGUGGAGACUGACGCGAUACUAGACGCUAUAUGAUACUAGCACAACGGACAUUUCUAAGCGUCGUGCUUCGUUUUUGUACAUAACCAUAUUGAUGUUAAAACUUGUAAAU